CACCCUCAAACCUAACCUCGGUUAAGUUUUUGGUCAGCCUUGUUUAGCUUUUCCUCUCUUUUUAUUUCCAGAGAGAAAGAGAGCUCCUUUGCUUUGCUUGCGUGAUCUCUUCUCUCUCUCUCUCUCUCUCUCUUGAUCAUCUCAUCAUCAUUGGACUCGAAGAAGCUGUUCAGAGUUUUAUCCUUAGAUUCGAUUCAUAAUUGAGUUUCUCAGUUCUUCUUCUCCUUCUCAACGUUUUCCUCGCAGAUCUAGCUCCUCUGUUUCCCUAGAGAUCUGAAUCUAAAACCUUCAUUGUUGCUAUCGAUUUGAGUAUUCUCGUCGACCCAUUCAUCUUUCUUCAUCAAAGCUCGAGACUUUCAAUAAGCUCUCUGUUUCUUAAAGUCAAAGUCUCUUCCUUUCCAGUGAAUGAACAGAGCACUCUGUUCUGGAGCUUACCUCCUCUGUUUCUCAAAGUCAAAGUCUCUUCCUUUUUAGUGAAUGAACAGAGCUCUCUGUUUCUAAAAGCCAAAGUCUCUUCCUUUAUUUAGUGAAUGAACAAAGCUCUCAAGUUUCCGAUGAAUUACUUCCCGGAGGAGGUAAUCGAGCACAUUUUCGACUUCAUAGCAUCCCACAGAGACAGGAACUCGAUCUCUCUGGUCAGCAAAUCAUGGCACAAGAUCGAGAGAUACAGCAGGCACCAAGUCUUCAUCGGAAACUGCUACGCCAUCAGCCCGGAGAGGCUAAUCAGGAGGUUCCCCUGUCUCAGAUCCUUGACUCUCAAAGGGAAGCCUCACUUCGCUGACUUCAACUUGGUUCCUCACGAGUGGGGAGGCUUCCUCCACCCUUGGAUCGACGCUCUAUCCAAGGCACGUGUGGGGCUCGAGGAGCUCAGGUUGAAGAGGAUGGUUGUCUCAGACGAAAGCCUCGAGCUUCUUUCGCGUUCCUUUGUGAGUUUCAAGUCUCUGGUGCUUGUUAGCUGUGAUGGGUUUACUACUGAUGGCUUAGCUUCAAUUGCUGCUAAUUGCAGGAAUCUUCGUGAGCUGGACUUGCAAGAGAAUGAGAUAGAUGAUCACAGAGGUCAAUGGCUAAACUGUUUUCCAGACAGCUGUACAACUCUUGUCUCGUUGAACUUCGCUUGUCUUAAGGGAGAAAUUAAUCUGUCUGCGUUAGAGAGACUGGUUGCAAGGUCAACGAAUCUGAAGAGCUUGAAGGUGAACCGUGCAGUGCCGCUAGAUGGAUUGACGAGGCUAAUGAGCUGUGCGCCGCAGCUGGUUGACUUGGGAGUAGGGUGUUAUGAGAAUGAGGCGGAACCUGAAUCUUUUGCCAGCCUCAUGGCUGCUAUAAAGAAAUGCACUUUGUUGAGAAGCUUGUCUGGCUUCUCAGAGGUUGCUUCUGUUUGUCUCACGGCGUUCUACCCGAUUUGCGAAAACCUCACCUCCUUGAAUCUCAGCUAUGCAGCUGAGAUCCAAGGCAACCAUCUCAUAGAGUUUGUUCAGUUUUGCAAGAGACUUCAACUGUUAUGGAUACUGGAUAGUAUUGGAGACAAAGGACUUGAGGUUGUUGCUUCGUCAUGUAAAGAGUUACAAGAGCUGAGAGUGUUUCCUUCUGAUCCACACGAUGAAGAAGACAACAACACUGCUGUUACUGAGGUUGGACUGGUCGCAAUCUCUGCUGGUUGUCCUAAACUACAUUCCAUUCUCUACUUCUGCAAACAGAUGACAAACGAAGCUCUCAUCACCGUGGCGAAAAACUGUCCAAACUUCAUCCGGUUCAGGCUAUGCAUCCUAGAGCCAAACAAACCAGACCACAUCACAUCUCAAUCACUAGACGAAGGCUUUGGUGCAAUAGUACAAUCCUGCAAAGGCUUGAGAAGACUCUCUGUCUCCGGUCUUUUAACAGACAAAGUCUUCCUCUACAUUGGCAUGUACGCAGAACAGCUUGAGAUGCUGUCCAUAGCCUUUGCUGGGGACACGGACAAAGGAAUGCUGUAUGUGUUGAAUGGAUGCAAGAAGCUGAGGAAGCUGGAGAUAAGAGACAGUCCGUUUGGGAACGCUGCGCUUCUUGCUGAUGUUGGCAAGUACGAAACAAUGCGAUCCCUUUGGAUGUCGUCUUGUGAAGUAACGCUCGGUGGAUGCAAGAGGCUCGCGAGGAAUGCGCCGUGGCUUAACGUGGAGAUUAUUAAUGAGAAUGAGAAUGAGAAUGGGAGGAUGGAGAGGAAUGAGGAGGAUGAGAGAGAGAAGGUUGAUAGACUUUACCUUUACCGAACUGUGGUUGGGACUAGAAAAGACGCACCUCCAUGUGUUACGAUCCUUUAGUCUCUCCCAUAUCUCAUGUUGGUAUUGUUUUAGGCUUCUUGAUGUCGUUAGUUAGCUCUUUCUCCAAUGUACUUUUGUUUCAGACAAGAAGCUGUGUUUUGAAACUUGAACAUGUUCUUUUCUUGAUCUGUGUUAAUAUAGAGUUUUUGUUUU